AUGCUGAAGAGUUUGCGAAAAUUUCUUUUCCCGCCUAAUAACCCUGCCGUGGAAAAUGAGGAGACACAGCCUGGAGGGAAUAAUAACAGGAAUCUACAGGCUGAGGUCGAUUCUCUUAGAUGGCAGUUGGACCAGAUGAGGAGCAAAAUCUCAGCACUUCAAGAAGGCCUAAACAAAAAGAUCUUGGCUGAAGAAGCAUACGAAGAGAAGAUCGAGCUUCUUCAAAGAAAAAAUGAGGAGCUCCGCUUUCGAAACGAGAUGCUUCAAGAUCGCCUCGAAUAA